UAAGGUGCAUAGUAUUGAUAACUAUUGCGCGUGCGUAAAACAUCAUCAUCGAAAAAUAGUAAAAUUUUUUAAAAGUGAGCGUGUGACGGAAGACUCUCAGUCAACCGCCAAGUGUGUGGAAAGAAGAAUAAUAACCAAGUGCAAGAUGUUGAUUGUGUGUCUGGCGUUAAUUGGUCUUCUGCAACCAUUAAUUCACGUGGUAUAUGCUCAAGAUCAAUGCACAACACCGAAUCAAGAAGCAGGCGUAUGCAUCAAUAUCAGAAACUGCCAAUUUUUGAUAACAUUGUUAGAAAAGGAAGGCUUAAAAGUCAAAAACUACCUUAAGCAAUCUCUGUGCAGAUAUGAAAACAACGAUCCAUUCGUUUGCUGCCCAAAGAAUUCAGACAGAGAAAGCAAAAUAGAAAAAGAAAAUUUGUAUGGACCCUUGUUACCACCACAGUGUGGUUUCAAUAAUAUUAGUCACACAAGAGUAGUUGGUGGUAACCCAGCUAAACUUGGUGCUUGGCCUUGGCUUGCUGCAUUAGGUUUUCGUAGUUCUUUGAAUCCUUCGCAACCAAGAUGGUUAUGUGGAGGUUCCUUGAUAUCGGCUAGACACGUUUUAACUGCGGCACAUUGCGCAGUUCGUAACGAUUUAUAUAUGGUUCGUAUCGGAGAUUUAGAUUUAUCACGAGAUGAUGAUGGUGCUCAUCCUAUUCAAGUAGAAGUCGAAGAUAAAUUGAUACAUCCUGAUUAUAGUACUACAACAUAUGUAAAUGAUAUUGCCGUUCUCAGAUUAGCACAAGAUAUACAAUUUACAGAAUACGUAUAUCCCAUUUGUCUUCCUGUAGAAGAUAAUCUUCGAAACAAUGCCUUCAAUCGAAACUAUCCCUUUGUUGCUGGAUGGGGAUCAACUGAAACCCGAGGACCAGCUAGCAAUAUAUUAUUAGAGGUACAGUUACCAGUAAUCAGUAAUGAACAGUGCAAACAAGCUUAUUCCAAAUUUAAAGACGCAGAAAUCGAUAAUCGUGUAUUAUGCGCUGCAUACAGACAAGGUGGAAAAGAUGCUUGUCAGGGUGAUAGCGGAGGACCUCUAAUGUUACCGCAACAUCGGUUUUAUUACCAAAUAGGAGUUGUAUCCUAUGGUUAUAAAUGUGCUGAACCCGGAUUUCCUGGAGUCUAUACUAGAGUCACCGCCUUUCUCGAUUUCAUCAUUUCAGCAUUGCAAUAAAGUCAAUAAUGUUUCAAGAAUAAAUUCUAUUUUGAAAAAAGUUGAAAUUUACUAUUGUUCAGAUAAGAAACGAUUGUUUUAUGGUUUACGAUACACGUGUACAUAUAGAUAUAAUUUUGAAAAUAUUACAAAUUAAUUAUAUUGAACUGUUCUCUAUAUUAAUAUAUAAUAAUAAUCUAUAGAAA